UUGGGAAAGUUGCCCCCAGGGUCAUGAGCACAGGAGAGCAGGCCCUGUCCCUUCCUGGCUGCAGCACAAGGACAGUGAGCCCUGCAGCUUGCCUGGUCAGCACAGCAGUAGGACUGGCCCUGGUCGAAAGAUGGAGCACCAAACUUGUGAAUUUUCAACAUGAAUUGCUUGAGAGUCAUGUCCAAGUCCAGAUGUGACUGGUAAAGCUCUGUAUGGAGCAGGUGACUGUGGGGAAUUGCUGGUCCUGUUCCUCAAGCCAUCCCAACACUCACCCAGAGAGCAGCCGGUGGCGGAGUUGAGAGGCCUGGUAGCUGUGGGUCGAGGAGACCCCGGUGGCAUGAGGCGGCAGGAGGCGCUGGUGGUGACGGCUGGGACAGCCUCAGAGGCCAGCCGCGACGGAGAGCAGCCUAGGCCCGCAGGGCUGGUGUGCCGCGCGCGUGUUGAGCCUGGUGGUCCCCAAGAGUCUCGCCAACAAUGGAAGACGUUUCUAUACUGUGAGCCCCACAAGAGAAUCAAGGAGGUUUUGGAAGAAGAACUUUCUAUCAAGAGGGAUGAAUGUCACGUGAAAAGCCCAACUGCAGUGGCCCUGGAUGGAAUCUGGAGCAUUCGAAGGAAUCUCCCCGUGGGAGGCAUGAUACCAGGACAGCAGAGCAGGAACUGCUCACUCCCACAAACCAAGUACUACUCGAGGCAUGGAGGACUGAGAAGGUAAGACGGACAUCUUUUCAUAGAUGGAAUUUCAUUCCCCUAAUGUCCAGAGACUGAAGAAACCCAGGCUUGCUUCUCUAUUAAGAAGUAUGGGGGGAAAAGGUUUUACCCUAUAAUACCAAUAUCCAAGUCAGUCCAAAGCCAUGAAAUACUAUUGGGAAAACGUGCUAAGAAAAAUAUCCUUGUUUUGUAGUUUUCACAGUUGGGAUGUAUUAGGCUUCUGUUCGGCUUAUUUGAUUAAAUGUAUCAAAUAAAAA